AUGCAUACCUCCGACCUUCUAGUUCUCGCCCUUCUCACCCCCUCGACCGUGGCCCAUGGCGUAGUGACUAUGAUCAAGGGUGCCAACGGCGUCAUGAUGCCGGGCCUCUCCAUCGCUGACGGCACUCCGCGGGACUGCUCAAGCAACCGGUGCGGCUCGCAAGCCGACACAGCCAUCAUCCGCGACCGUGAAAUUCGGAGCGGAGAGGUGGGCCCGCUAGGGCGCACCCAGGGCAACGGGCCCAUCGACGCGGCCACCAUGAUCUCCAACUUCAUGGGCACGGGCACCGCCCCGACCGUCAACGCGGCCAAUGCCUCGGUCGGCGUCGAGGACGAUAUCAGCGGCUUGGGCAAUUCCCGAAACAACCGGAACAACAACAGGCGGCAGGACCAAGGCGGGAGGAUGAGCAAGGUUGCACGGCAGCUCUUCAGGGGCCUGUUCGGUGGUGGUGGCACCAAGACCACCGUCGCGACCGAGUCCAUGGUCUCCGCCACUGCGGGCGUCGGCGCGACCGAGGGUUUGCCGACCUGUGCGGAUGAUGGGAGUAUCGAGAUGGUGUUCCUCCAGAUCAACCAAGACGGUGCGGGCCCCCUCGAGGCCGCCAUCGACGGCACGUCGGGCGGCACGGACCCGGCCGCGUUCCAGACGGCCGAGGUGACGCAGGACGUCCCGGGCAUCGGGUUCGGGGGCCUGAGCCUGGCAACCACCCGUGAGUUCCCCCUGACGGUGCAGAUGCCUGCAGGUAUGACCUGCGAUGGGACCGUUGCCGGCGUCAACAAUGUGUGCAUUGUGCGGGUCCGAAACUCGGCAGCGGCUGGUCCGUUUGGCGGCAGUGCCGCCUUCACGCAGAGCCCGGCUGCGAGGAAGCGAGCUAUUGAAUACCGCCUCAAGAAGAGAGGUCAGGCGUUCAGGGCUUGA